AAAAAAUUUAGUAAUUUAAAAUAAAAGUACGUUCGGUAAAAUAUUUUAUUUUUUAUUUUUAAAAUUUAAAAUCAAAUUUAUGUAAAUUUUCAAAAACAGAUUUUGAAUGAUUUUAAAAAAAUUUAAAAACACUUUUUUCCUCUUUUCUCGCUUCUCUCUCGCUCUCCAUUACUUCUGCAAUUUCAAUGAUCUUCAAUGGCUUCCGUUCAGUAUUCUCGCCGAAUUCGAAGCUUGGGGUGUCGUUUCUGAAGUACUCGUUUUCGGCGACACCGUCAUUGCCGAAGGUCCAAGUCUUUCUGGCAUUACGCACGGAAGCUCUAUUAGGCGAUGCCGGAUAUUCAUGGCCUUCCUCAGGUGACGGACUACAACAAGAUCAUAAUCUUUCAGGAAAAAAGGAGUUGUUCAAUUAUCGACAUUCGUCUUUGAGAAAUAUCAUCGAGCGGUACUUUGGCGUAUUGAAGGCUCGUUUGUUGGGUUUAGCAUUUCAAGAGAUUAAAUUCGUGAAAUGGCGAAUGUCUAUGAUGAAAUUGCUGAUCAUAUAUGGAUUAUGGAGAGCAAAUCCACAAUGAAGAUAAUGAGUGAAACUUAUUAACAAUUAGAAAUUUUUUAAUAUUUUUCUUCAAGAUUGAAUAAUUAUUAGUUCAUAUUUUAUUAUGACUUUGUCGGUUUUAUGUCAUAGAUAAUGAGUUUCGUGAUUUUAAAUUACUUGAAUUUUUUUAAGAUGUUAAUGAGUAUUUUUUAUUUGAUUUUUUUUUUAUAAUUUU